AUGGCGGCGGAGACAGCUGUAUCACUCCACCAGCACACUGAGAGGGUAAAGGCAGCCCGUCCAAAUCAUCGAGGAGCAUUGCGCCAGACCGGUACAACCCUCGCAACAACCUUCAAGAUGGCUCCGACUGCUACUGCUCCCAACGUCGUGGUCCCCGAGGCACCAAAGUCAGGUUUCAAGGCGGCUUUGCCCAAGGUACACUCUGAAAGUAUCAUCAAGCCCACCAAGACCGUCUAUGGCGACUGGCGCGACGACUUCUUCCGCGAUGGCUUUGUCGUGCUUCCCAAUGUCUUGUCUGCUGAGAAGGCCGACUACUACCGAGGCAAGUUGCUCAACUGGAUCACGGGCUUCAACCUCGGUCUGGAUCUAGAGGACGAGUCUACCUGGACGGCUGAACACCUGCCUGUCAGCUUCAAGUCGAUGUUCCUCAACUACUGUGCGCCUCACGAGCGAUUCAUGUGGGAAGCGCGCUGCGAGCCCGGCGUCAUGGACCCUUUCGCCAAGCUGUACGGCACAGACGAGCUGUUGGUCAGCUUCGACUCGUUCAACAUCGGUCUUCCACGACGCAAGGAUCUCACCUUCCAGCCAUGGCCUCACUGCGACCAGAGCCCGGAUCGAGUUGGCCUGGCCUGUGUGCAAGGCAUCCUCAACCUGUACAACUCUGGACCUCAGGACGGCGGUCUGAUCGUCAUGAAGGGAUCUGCGCCCCUUUUCGAAGAGUUCUUCGAGCAGCUGCCCAAGGAGAAGCGCUUCUCGUCGCCCCACGUCCACAGCGACUUCUACCUCUUCAACGAGGAGCAGGUCAAGUGGUUCGAAGAUCGCGGCUGCACGCAGUACAAGGUAGAGGCCAAGCCUGGCGAUCUCAUUCUGUGGGACUCGAGGACCAUGCACCACGCUGCGUUCCCCAUGGGCAACGAGAUUCGCACCGUCAUCUACACGUGCUUUGCGCCUGCAUCGCAGUGCUCUGCCGAAGACCUGGAGAAGAAGCAGGCGCUAUUCCAUCGCUUCGAAGGAACCACGCACUGGCCCAACUGCAACAUGUUCGGGCAAGGCAAGGCCAAGAAGGGUGGCAAGCGCGAGUCGACCGAAGUAUGUCCACUUGAGCGAGAUGAACCGAUCGAGAAGCCCAUCGUCACCGAGCAGAUCAAGAAGCUCGCCGGUCUCGUCCCCUACUAA